GGGGGCGCCGUAGGGUUGCUGGGGGGCGCCAUAAGGUUGUUGCGGGGGGGCUCCGUAAGCGGGCUGCUGGCCGUAGGGGGGAUGUUGGCCUUGGGGAGGGGCGUCGUAGGGUUGUUGAGGGGGAGCACCGUAGGCGGGCUGCUGUCCGUAAGGUGGUUGUUGUCCAUACUGUGGUUGCUGGCCAUAUGGAGGCUGUUGCCCUUGGGGAGCGCCGUAUUGGGGUUGUUGGCCAUAUGGAGGCUGCUGGGGAGCUCCGUAAGGGGGCUGUUGGCCUUGGGGGGCGCCGUAUUGGGGCUGCUGGCCGUAUUGAGGUUGCUGGCCAUACGGCGGCUGCUGUCCUGGAGGCGGAGCGCCAUACUGAGGCUGUUGUCCGUACUGGGGCUGUUGUCCAUAUGGAGGCUGCUGUCCUGGGGGAGGAGCGCCGUAUUGGUUUGGAGGUGGGGCGCCACCGCCAUAGGGUUGUUGGUAAGCCAUUUUCGAUUUAUGGAAUGUUGAAGACUGGGGAGAGAGCUCUUUGAGGUCGAUGGAGAUGGAGAUGGAUGCUCAGGAUGCUCAGGAUGCUCUGGAUGCUCAGGAUGCAGUGCAGUGAUGAUGGAAGCGUCAGAGAUGGCGAGUGGCUGAUGUGUCCAACUGUUCCCGGAUAGCGGGGCUGAAGGAUGGGGGAGAGCUUGGGAACUCGUCACAGUUUGGGUCUGAUCGGUUCUAAUCGUUCAACCCGAGACUUGGCGGUCCAGUGAGAUGACAGUGAAAGUCCCCAUGAGAUGCUAGUGAAUCCUAGUGAAAUCCCGGUGAAUCCCGGUGAAUCCCGGUGAUUCCCAGUGAGUCCCAGCGAGUCCCAGUGAGUCCCAGUGAGUCCCAGUGAAAUCCUAAUAAAUCCUGAUGGAGAAAAUGAUACCGCGCUUGUGAAGAUGGAGCACAUUUCGCUGAUAGUCUUACCAAUAUUUUAUCUGGGGCUUGGCGGGGCAGGUAGUCACGGCGCAAACAAGGCUGAGGCUUGGCGGGGCAGGUAGUCAUGGCGCAAACAAGGCUGAGAGCUCCAGGAGAUCUUCACAUUUACCCUCUUCGGUCAGUCAUACAAACGACGCCACACUCAUAUCAUAUCACUCUAAGGGUCCAACAACAUCAUCCGGGUCCAACACGGGUCCAGGUCCAACAUCACCAGGGUAUCAGGGUAUCAUCGUACGCUUCGGUACAGAUAUCCCUCAAUCCAGCGUUGGUGAUGCAUUGGAAGCUGGAGUCAAUAUCAACAUUUCAUUUCGUCUUCUCCUUCGAUUGGUGAGCGCAGUAACCUGGGCGCGUAACUCUCACACCAUUCCUUGUCUGUAGACCCGCGCUGCAAGGCCGCGCUGCAAGGGGUCCCUCUCAAUGAAUGGCACACCCAUAACCCCCGCCAAUCCUCACAGCAAACAAGCCUCCCAGCGGCCCAACGCCCACAUCAAGCUUCUCAUCCUGACAUGGGCGGCAACGUCUUUGCCAACUGCUUGACCCCCCGCAUGCCCCCUUCGGUCUACUUCCCCACCCGCGACCGCUGUCAUGCCAUUCUCUCAAACUACUAUACCCACAUCUGUACGCCCCUCGAAGCUCCGGAGAAGACAUCAUUCGGGGACAUCGACAUCCUAGUCCACGGCCCGGUGUCCAACCCGCCAAUACCUCUCAAAGAGCUCGGCGCCGCCCUCAACGCUGCCGCCAAAAUCCUCCCGCGCACUGAGAAUCCGGAAGCUAAUUUUGCUAUCCCCUGGCUGUCCUUUUCCUCUCUCGACUCAACAACCUCCACCCCCGACGCCCCAGAACUCCGGGAUAAACAAAACCGCUUCAUCCAACUCGACAUCCUCACCCUCCCCACCGCAACCUCCUUCCACUUCCUCUCCUUCACCCACGCCCACUCCGGCCUCUUCACCCUCCUCGGCCCCUCUCUCCGGCAGUCCGGUCUAAUCCUCACCCCCACCUCCCUCUCCCUCCGCAUCCCCUCCAUCGAGGCCCACCGGCGCCGCGGCUCUACCCUCCCCCUAACCUCCAACCCGUCUGCGAUCCUCGACUUUUUGGGUCUGGAGAAGAAGGGGUACUGGACGCGGUUCGAGAGCGUGGAGGAGAUGUUUGGGUAUGUCGCGAGCAGUCGGCUUUUUACUACGAGGGUGAGGGAGGAGGAGGAGGGGGAGGGGAAGGUGAAGCAUCGGAAUAGGAGGAAUUCUCGACGUCCGCUGUUUGUGCGGUGGAAAGAGGAGUUUUUGCCGCGCGCGAGUAUGGAGGGGGGAUAUGACCGCCUUGUCCCCUCGCGCGAGGAGGUGAGGGAGGAGGCAUUCAUGACGUGGCCGCCGGCGCGGGAUUUGUAUGAGGCUCAGGCUAAGGCGUUUGAGGAAGAGAGACAACUUGAAGAGGUAGGUAAGUUGAUUCGCGAGGGUGUGCCGGUGGAUGUGGUGGCGUUGGGGUUACCCCUCGGGACCAGGGGGGCAGCGAUGAGGGGGUUGAAGAGGAUUUUGGUGGAGAGGGAUGAGUCAUAUGGGGUUGUUUUGCCGGAGGGGGUGAAGGGGGAGGAGGGGUGGGAUUUGGAGGGGGUGGAGAAGUUUGUUGAGAUGAGGUGGGAGGAGGUUGGGAGGGCGGGGUUGGAGAGGGGGUUUGGUAGGAUGGUGGAGAAGAGGGAGGCGAAGAGGGGGCAAAUGGACGGGGGCGAUGCUUGA